AAUUGAACCCAUCCGCAACAACAAGAGCAGCAAAAGCAGAAGCAGAAUGUACUCCAAGCCCAGUCGCAACUUGAUGCAGCUCUUGCUGCUGGCAACACUUGCAACAAGUGGUUGCAUGGCGUCGGAGAGCAGCGAUAAGACGCUGCCAAAACGGAGUCUGGGGGAUUCCUCCAUUCCCUGGGCCUCCACAAGCAGUGCACAACUGGGAGCUGGUGUUGGCUGGAAUGCAGGUGGGGGCGGAGGAGCUGGUGGCUGGUCAAGUGGCGGAUGGAGUGGCGGACACAGUCCACUGAAGACGGCACCGUCACCCAACGAGGUGGCGAAUGCCAUCUCAGCUGCCAAGCAGGCAUCGGCCAAUGUGCUCAUCGCCCAGCAGCAGAUGCAGGCGGCCAAGGAGAAUGUGUUGAAUCAGCAGCGUAUUGCCAUGGAGAAGGAGACGCAUGCGGCAAUUCUCACCCAGAAAUCGGAGGCUGCCGCCGCCAUUCAACGCUCCGAGGCGGCAUCAGCUGCCUCCGCUGUGGUGCUCGCCCAGCAGCGUUUGGCCGCCUCGAAGGCAGCUGUGGCCUAUCAACAGCGCAUUGCAGCAGCACGUGAAGCGGAGGCUGCCUCGGCCCUGCAGAGAUCCGCUCAUGCGGCGGCCGCUGAGAUCCAGAAGUCCGAGUACGAGGCAUCCAAGUUCGGGCAGUUCACGCGCAAUGGCAACGCUGGCGCCGCUCAUCACCUGACCAUCAUCAAGGACACGGCUCUCUCUCCGAUCACGGCUGGCACCAAUCAUGUGACCAACCUGGAGUCCCUCGGUCUGGGUCCUUGGCUGAGUGGCAACAGCGUGGGCAAGGCCUCCGCUGCUUCUAGCUGGUUGUAAGUAGCAGUUGUACCCUUUAAAUCGGUGCGUAUAUUGCAAAUAAAAUAAGUG